AUGUUAGCCGCGUCCGGCCGCCGCCUCGCGGCCUCGCACCGCUUCGCCGCGACCCGCGCGCUGAGCGCGGCGGGCGAGCAGUACGACGUCGUCGUCAUCGGCGGCGGCCCAGGCGGCUACGUCGCCGCCAUCAAGGCCUCCCAACUGGGGCUGAAGACGGCGUGCGUCGAGAGUCGGGGGACGCUGGGCGGAACGUGCUUAAACGUCGGCUGCAUCCCGUCGAAGGCGCUGCUCCACAGCAGCCACCUCUACGAGGAGGCGACGAGCCACUUCAAGGUGCACGGCAUCGACUGCGGCGACGUCACGGUGGACCUCGACCAGAUGAUGGCGAACAAAAGCAAGAGCGUCGACAGCCUCACCGGCGGCAUCGAGCUCUGGAAACCGGUCGCACCGCCCAGGUUCCUGUUCAAGAAGUACAAGGUCGACUACCUCCAGGGCCACGGCACGAUCACGGGCCCGAACUCCGUCGCCGUCGCGCUCAACGACGGCGGCUCCGAGGCCGUCGAGUCGAAGAACAUCCUCAUCGCGACGGGCAGCGAGCCGUCGCCGCUGCCGCCGUGCCCCGUCGACAACGCGGGGGGCAAGAUCGUCGACUCCACGGGGGCCCUCGUGCUCGACAAGAUCCCCAAGACCAUGGCCGUCGUCGGCGGCGGCGUCAUCGGCCUCGAGAUGGGCUCCGUCUGGCGCCGCCUGGGCACGAAGGUCACCGUCGUCGAGUACCUCGGCAACAUCGUCCCCGGCGUCGACAAGGAGGUGGGCAAGGCCUUCCUCCGCGUGCUCAAGAAGCAGGGCAUGAAGUUCAAGCUCAACACGGGCGUCGUCGCGUCCGAGGUCGUCGAUGGCGGCGUCGAGCUCACGCACGCGCCCGCGAAGGACCCGUCCAAGGAGACGACGGACCGCUUCGACGUCGUCCUCGUCGCCACGGGCCGCCGCCCCUUCACGGACAAGCUCGGCCUCGACGCGCUGGGCAUCGAGACGGACAAGCUCGGCCGCGUCGUCGUCGACGAGCACUUCAAGACGAAGAUCCCGUCGAUCUACGCGUUCGGCGACGUCGUCGACGGCCCCAUGCUCGCGCACAAGGCCGAGGAGGAGGGCAUCGCCUGCGUCGAGUCCAUCGCGGGCUUCGCGGGCCACGUCAACUACGACGUCAUCCCCGGCGUCAUCUACACGCACCCGGAGCUCGCGACCGCGGGCAAGACCGAGGAGCAGCUCAAGGACGAGGGCGUCGACUACGUCGUCGGCUCCUUCCCCUUCUCCGCCAACUCGCGGGCCCGCGCCGUCGGCGACUCCGAGGGCCUCGUCAAGGUCCUCUGCGACAAGGCCACGGACCGCAUCCUCGGCGUCCACAUCAUCGGCCCCAACGCGGGCGAGAUGAUCGCCGAGGGCGUCCUCGGCAUGGAGUACGGCGCGUCCUCCGAGGACAUCGCGCGCACCUGCCACGCCCACCCGACGCUCUCCGAGGCCAUGAAGGAGGCCUGCAUGGCCGCGUCCUCCCAGCCCAUCCACUUCUAG